CUGAGGACUCGAAGAUGCAACAAUGUUUACACUUACAUGUAGAUUAUAGCAUAGGAGGAGGCUGCGUGUCAUUGUCGCCUUUCAAAAGACAAGCUGGAUCAGGAAUUCCCAUUGUAUAUCAAUUAAAGCCACGCUGCGCACGUUGGUCGAAAAUCAUUAAUACACUUGGUUUUUGACGCUCGCAAUUUGUCAGGGGAGUAAAAUUAGAGCCGUAGGCUAUAAUGUGGUUUAAAACGCUGUCUGUCUCAAUGUCUGUGGUUGUGAUUCCGCUCGAGUCGCAGAGCACGUUUCGCAACACUGUCCAUUGUGUCAGCGUUCUGCCAGUGACAUGUCUACAUUGGCCAACAUGAUUAACGUAGGCUGUUGUAUACUAGGCAAACGGUCAUGGAACUUUUGUGGUAUUAUGGCCUAUUAUUUGCUGCAAGAAUUGCUUUUGUGUGCCUAUAUCCACACCUGUCAGUUGUCUGUCUGUCGUGUCUUUCAAGCAUUGCUACAUCCGGGUUCCAGUGAUGGAUGGAGCACAGCUAGGGGCUUGAUUGCUGGGGGUAACUGAAGCUGUGGUUACCAUGGCGGCACACUUUGACACAGAGUACCAGCGCCUAGAGGCUUCAUACAGUGACUCUCCAACCGGAGAGGAGAACCUACUGGUGCACGUACCUGACGGAAACAAGUCCCCGUGGCACCACAUAGAGAACCUGGACCUGUUCUUCCAGAGGGUCUAUAACCUGCACCAGAAGAAUGGCUUCACCUGUAUGCUGCUGGGAGAGGUCUUUGAGCUGGUCCAGUUGCUGUUUGUGGUAGGAUUCACAGUCUUCUUGGCUAACUGUGUGGACUAUGACAUUCUGUUCGCUAACAAGUUUGUCAACCACACCGACUCCUCCAAAGUCACACUGCCUGACGCCUUCCUGCCUGUGGACGUCUGCAGCGCAAGUAUCCGUGACAAUGUGGCAGUGAUGUUUGUGUUGAUGAUAUCUGGAGUGUUCUGGCUGCAUCGCCUCAUCAAGUUCAUCUACAACGUCUGCUGCUACUGGGAGAUACGCUCCUUCUACACCAACGCACUCAAGAUGAGCAUGGCAGAGCUGCCAUACUUCACAUGGCAGGAGGUUCAGGCCCGGAUCGUUGAGAUCCAGAAGGAACACCAGAUCUGUAUCCACAAGAAAGAACUCACAGAACUGGACAUAUACCACCGUAUCCUGCGCUUCAAAAACUACAUGGUUGCCAUGGUAAAUAAGUCCCUCCUUCCUGUGCGUUUCCGCCCGCCACUGCUCGGGGAGAGUGUGUUUUACACCCGCGGCCUCAAGUACAACUUUGAACUCAUCUUCUUCUGGGGGCCAGGCUCUCUGUUUGAGAGUGAGUGGAGUUUGAAGCCGCAGUAUAAGAGAGGUGGUAACAGGUUGGAGCUGGCAGACAAACUGGCAUCACGUAUACUGUGGAUCGGCAUCGCCAACCUCUUACUCUGUCCUGUCGUACUGGUCUGGCAAAUACUGUAUGCCUUCUUCAGCUAUACAGAGGUGAUAAAGCGUGAGCCAGGUAGUUUGGGAGCGAGGUGUUGGUCUCUGUACGGUCGAUGUUACCUUCGUCACUUCAAUGAGCUGGACCACGAACUGAUGUCACGGCUCAGCAAGGGCUACAAAGCGUCCUCUAGGUAUAUGAACUGCUUCCUGUCCCCGUUGCUGACAGUGGUGGCUAAGAACGUGGCGUUUUUUGCUGGCUCCCUAUUGGCUGUCCUCAUUGCGCUGACCAUCUACGACGAAGACGUCCUCGCCGUGGAACACGUCCUGUCGUCCAUCACCCUGCUGGGAGUGUGUAUCACUGUCUGCAGGUCUUUUAUCCCAGACAAACACCUGGUCUACUGUCCAGAGCAGCUGCUCAGGUUGAUCCUGGCUCACAUCCACUACAUGCCAGACCACUGGCAGGGCAACGCCCAUCGCUACGAGACACGAGACCAGUUCUCACAGCUCUUCCAGUACAAGGCUGUGUUUAUCCUAGAGGAGCUGACCAGCCCCCUGGUGACUCCCUUCAUCCUGAUCUUCAGUCUGAGGAGGAAGUCUCUGGAGAUCAUUGACUUCUUCAGGAACUUCACCGUGGAGGUGGUAGGGGUGGGAGACACCUGCUCCUUCGCUCAGAUGGACAUCAGACAGCACGGACACCCUGCAUGGAUGUCUGAGGGGAAGACAGAGGCAUCUAUUUACCAACAGGCGGAGGAUGGGAAGACUGAGCUGUCCCUGAUGCAUUUUGCCAUCACCAACCCCCAGUGGCAGCCCCCCACCGAGACCACUCACUUCAUCAGCCAGCUGAAGGAGAGAGUACAGAGAGAGACUACAGGAGACAGACAGACACUCACCUCACUGUCCGGGUCAGAGCCAAGGAGUCUGAUAGCUAACUUCCUGGCAGGUCCCCCCUCAUUGGCCUCUCUUCAUCUGGGGCGGGACGGCUCCUUGACCGAUCACGGGCCGGUGGGUGUUAGUGACGGGGCAUCAGCCUUGCGCUCCCUCUCAGUCAGCAGCACGAGGGGCAGCUGUAGCUCCACCCAUAGGUCGGCCGGACACGCCUCUUCUGCAAGCAGAGCCAUGCCGGGAUCGAGUACUGAUGCUCGAACUGCUAGUUCAGGCAGUAGUGUGUGGGAAGGUCAACUGACUAGUCUCGUCCUAUCAGAAUACGCCUCCACGGAGAUGAGCAUCCACGCACUCUAUAUACAUGAGCUCCAUAAGCAGCAGUCUGGAGGGGAGUUGUCCCGGCACACCUGGCACAGGCAGGACAGUGACGACAGUAGUGACAGCGUCACCGAGGAGGGGGGUUCAGGAGGAGGGAACCCUAACCCCCGAAACCCCAUCCCCCGCUCACACACCUUCCCUAUCUCCACCCCUAUCUCCACCCCUGGCCCUAUCCCCAGCUCUAACUCGGGCCCUAACCCUGACCGAGGUACCACACCGGGGCAGGAAGUGACACCACUCCAGAGCAACAGCCAGCGUCGCUCCGGGGGAAACACGGACUCUGUUGGCCCGGGGGGCAGAGUGGUGAGGUCAGUGCGUGUGCCCAUGGGGGGUUGGGCAGAGGACGGACGUGGAGGCCGACACCCCGACACUGUACCUGAGGAGGGCUCAGAGGACGACAUGCCUCCCAACACUCACAAGGUGACGUAACUGACCUGAGAGAUCCCACCUACCUACCCACCCUCAUCCUCAUCCUACCAGAGAAGAACUUCCUGCUCAUCUGUGAACUUUCGACCAUGGCUUCACCUUUGACCCCAGAUGGAUAGACCUGCGGGAUAGCAGCAUGCCGUGUUAUUCACUCUAGGCUAGAGAAAAACAAUCGAGUAACCGUGUGAAGAUGACAAGGACUUUUUCUUGACACCCUCCUUGGAUGACACUUUAGCCAAUCAAGUGACGGGUGGUUGAUGACUUCAUCAUAACUGACAGCAUGGAACCCGUAGCAUAUUUAUCGGCUUUUAUAGUUGCGUCCUAGACACUAAUAUAAGGUCAGCUUUAUGGUUUCUCUCCGUAACGGUUAAGGUUAGGAUUUAGGGAGGGUAAGCUGAUCCUAGAUCUGUGCCUAAGGGCAACUUCUAUCCAGAAAUUACUUUUUCUUCUUGCAUUCAUUUGAAAAUCAGGUGUGGGUGUAAACUGCCAGUAAUGUACCUUUUUAAAAAAAAAAAAAGAUUUAGUAGUUUGUCAUUUUUUAAUUCUUUGUUUUUUCCUCUUUGUGUUGUUUAUAUUUAUUGCACUUUCAAGUAUACCUACACUGGCACUAGGAAUCCUAGGGGAUUGGGCGGUAGAUUGGUCUGCUAAGAGGUCUUUGUACGAUCUUGUUGUACAAAGACCUCCUAGACAUGAAGCAGGCACUAAACCGAUAUACACCGCGUGCAUAGACAUACUGGUAUGAAUCAAAUCAGGACGCUGGACUGUUCUCAGUAUAUCAUCGAGGUGGAGAUGGUUAAUAAAUAGGGAUAUACAAGAAACGCGUCAUAGUUAUUGAUUUUGUGUCAUACAAACAAUAUUUUAAAUGAAAGAUGGCAAACUUACCGGGCUGGUUGGAACGUGUAACUUCAGCCUCUUCGGUGCCAUAUUUAAGCGCUUCAAGCGGCAAUCCACAGUUGAAAUGAUACAAAGCACCCCUCACCACUGUUCCACUGUUUCAGUAAAAGGUUGAAGGAUGGGGCUGGAAAAAUGGAACCACACUCAAAUUCAUUGACAGAGCUGUGGAUGCAAGGACUGACCAUCCAUUUCGUUUUUAACCAUGUUUUGAGACGAUACAGUAUUUUUGUUACAUUUACAAGUUUAUAUUUUGGCUUCUGAUGGGGUACGACAGUUGAACUAAGCUCAUGGGGCAUUUAUAACGAAUACUCUCCAAGAAUCAAUGGGUUUAUAUCCAAAAAUGGACAUGUCCAAAAAUUGGUAUAGUAACUGCAGAUUGCCCCUUUAAGCACAAACAUCCCAUAACUAUACAGAAAUGAACCUUCAAUCAACACUAAUAGCUGGAUAGAUUAGUCAGCAUCAGACAAGUUGCAUGUUUUUCUGCCCAACUGUCUGAGGCAGAAAGAAUGCACUUUAUUGACUUUUAUUGAAUCCAAAGGAUGUCACUUUUCAUUGUCAGUAUAUUGAUUUUGAUCAGUUCAUAUUUGCAUGACUUUAUUUCAACCGGGGCUUGUGCCACCGGCAGAGAGUUGAGGUUGAGAUGCAUGGUGAUUUACAGCUGUUUUGUUUUUGUGGUUCACACUGACUCUGGACUCACAAGUAGACUAGCCUGGUUCCAGAUCUGUUGAGGUGAUGUAUAACCAGCCCCCAUAUGGUCGACCAUGCAGCACUAACAGAUCUGGGACCAGGCUAAAGAUGACAGAUGCUUCCAAUAGAUACAGUCAGAGACUCUACAGCUGGGUAUGAAUUUCUAGAUGGCAAAGGUUUGCAGCGCUGCUCGCUUCAUUGAUUGAUAUAUUCAUGUAAUUGAGUGGCCAGCCAGAGAGUCCAAUCUGAAUCAGACCCUGGAUGAAAAUAGAAGGCAGACGUGGAGGAAGGGAUCUGAAUAAUGGAAAAGGUCUCCUGGGACACAGUGGAACAAGUUUAACAACGAGGUAGUAGAAUACCUGAGCUGACACAUAUAGCCUAUCAGUUUUUGUUUUUAUAGAUUGUCCUGUAAAUUGCCAUUUUGUACAGUUGUAAAUCAUCAAUAAAAAUGUAUUUAAUAACUAUAA